AUGAGCCUGGAGUCCUUGUUCCAGCACAUCCUCUUCUCAGAGCACCAGGCUGAGGAGAGUCGCAGGGAGUUGCGAGAAGUGAGGUCCGAAAUUACCCGGUGUCGUGGGAAAAUUAAGGAAGCCACAGAGGAUCUGAAUGAAGAGAAGGUCAAGUUGGAAUCUAAGGUUCAGCAGUUUUCUGAAAAAUCAUUCCUUUUAGAGCUUUUGAAAACCCAUGAAAAUGCCUUAGAGAGACAGUGCAGUGAAAUUAUGAACCAAAGGGAUACACUGCUCCAAGCCUUUGAGGCCACCAAGAAAAAAGCAACAGAGGAAGAGGAAAGAUUUAUUAAGGAAAUUACAGACUUCAAUGAUGAGUAUCAAAUAACCAAGAAAAGAGAUUUUCUGUUGAAAGAAAAUAUCAAGAUGGAAAUUGCUGACUUGGAAAAGCAGGCAAAUGUUUUGAGAGGAGAAAUGAAGUCAAUGGAAUGUAACAGCACCCAGUUACAGGAACUUCAAAAACAAAAAAGUCAACUGUUAAAAGAAUUAUUUAUUCUCCAGAAACAGCUUAAAGUUCUUAAAGAUGAAGAGACUGAAGCCAUUUAUACCACCAAAUACCUAGAGGCAGAAAAAAUAAAAGUCAAAGAAAAGCCUCAAUAUGAUGCAGAAUGCUUGAGACUUAAACAGGAAUUAGAUCUUUAUAAAGAAGAUGAAAUGGAAAACGUCUGCCAAGUGCUCCAAACAGAAGUAGAAUUUCUGGAGUUGAACUUUGGAAAACCUAAGUCAGAAAUCCCAAGAAUUAUUGCUGUGUUAAAUUUAGGUAAAUUUUAUGUGAUCCCUUUAAGAAAUGAGUUUGGGUUAGGUGUGCAGCUGGAUCAUUGUACCCUCGCCUAG